AUGGUGACGAAGAUGAAAGCCAUCGCAGAGGAGCGGGGAGCUAUUACAAAGCUGGCCAUGGGUGGCAUGUCGACUGGCGUUGUACUGGGAGUGGCGUCGUUCGUUUUCUCGAAACCCCGGCAGAUCAUCAGCGGUAUACAUAUUUUGUGCUCCGCAUGUGCGAUAUUCGUGGUGAUGGGCAUCUCUUUCGUGGGUGUGCACCUCUCCCACCUCAUCGACAAAACUUCACGCCAGGCUCCAGCUACUGGGCGGGACUUUUACUCGAAGGCCAAGAAGAGAAUGUGGUUGCAGGCGACUGCCCUAUGUACCCUGGGCUUGGCUUGGGUCACAGUGGUGUUGGCGUGGGAGCUAACACGGCUUGGGCGAGGCACCCAAACUAUCCCUUGGUUGGUAAUGCUGCGGUAG